AAUAUGAUAAGAAGUACCAUAAUAUUCUUCGUGGGAGUGCUCGCCGGCUUAGACAGCUUUUCGAAUGCCCAGUCUAGGGAGCAUCCCGCCAGGUCGAUAUACAAGCUGCGCGAGUAUCUUGAACUUCAAGGAAAUUUGGUUCUCAACCUGGAGUACUAUGUGUACCACCUGGAAAUAAAACUGCAUAAAAUCCAAGAAGCUCUGCUUGACAUGGAGAAAGUGCAUGCUCUUUUUGAGGAGGACAAAAGGGCCUUUGUGUCCAAUCCCGUCAACAGUUUCUCGCUCAUCCGACACAUGCACUCUGACUGGAUGAAGUGGCAGCUCUACCUAUCGGGGGACCCAGGACAAGAACAACUGGCGUACAUGAGGGAAACCAGUGCGUAUCUCCCGACCAAGGAUGAUAUCGCAGACGCCCUUCUGGGUAUGGAAAGAGUGAGGAGUGUGUAUGGCCUGGAGCCCCAGGAUAUGGCGAGUGGCUUGCUCUCGGACGUGCAGUACGACUCUAGUUUUUCCCCCCAUGACUGUCGCUCGCUGGCGGAGUACAGCAUCGGAAUGAAGGACUACCCCACUGCAGAGCGAUGGCUACAGGUGGCCAUAUCGCUGCUUCAGGACAGAAAUGAGGAUCCAGUUGUCCCUCUGAAAAUCAUUGAUGUUACCCAAAUUCUAGUAGAAAGCUACCGCGCCCAGCGAAAUCCUUGGAGUGCUGGGCAUAUCCUGGAAGCUGCUCUGAAGCUGAGUCCUUUUGAUGCUCGUCUGUUGAGGCUGAAGGAGCAAGUGAGCACAGACUUGAUGUACGAGGUUCCGCUGAAACCCAGGCCAAAAGGAGUGCCCGAUCAGGAUCACUGCUGUAAUGGGCUUUGUAAGGGGCCCAGGAACAGGCACCUCCACUGCUUCUACCUCACUAAACGAGGAUCCCCCUUUCUGCUCUUGGCGAGGGUUAGGACUGAGAUUCUCUCUGACGAUCCCUUUAUUGCGUUGUACUACGAUGUAUUGACCCACUCCGAUAUGGUGUCCCUGCGGAACACAAGCGAGCCGUUGCUACAUCCAGCCACCACCAUUCAAUAUUUUAACGCGCCGCAGGAGUUGUCUAACUCCCGUACAGCGCACUUCGUCUGGCUGGAGCCGACCAUUACAGAGGCGACCCGAAGAGCAGAUCGGGUGCUUUGGGAUGUCACGGGUCUAAAUCUUAGCAACUCUGAAAUGUUCCAGGUCAAUAACUAUGGGAUUGGAGGCUCGUUCAUGCGCCACAGUGACCUUUUGCACUCCGAAAGAAAUUAUCUAGUGAGAGAACGCAUUGCCACGGCCAUAUUUUACCUAAGCGAUGUGCCCCACGGCGGCGCCACCUUGUUCACAGAGCUGAAUGUGACCGUAUUCCCCCAGGCAGGAACUGUUCUUUUCUGGUACAACCUGGCCCAUUCAGGAGAUCACGAUAUGAGAACACGCCACACAGGUUGUCCCGUCAUCGUGGGUUCCAAGUGGAUGAUGACUCGCUGGAUAUAUGACGAUGGUCAGGCGUUCACCAAGCCCUGCCACACGAAACUAAAAAGCCCCAUGGUUAUGGCCUAAGCGGAGAUAAUGUGCCAAUAAAUUGGAUUACUC